CCAUGUUGUUAUCUUGUAUAAUCAAAACACUUAACCAACAGAAAAAUCAAAAUCUGAAGCUAAAAACAGAUACACGAUCAUAUUACUGAAAAUAUACGUAUAAAUACAUUUAUUAUUCAUAUAUACACAAAACACAUUUAAUCCGUAACGUUAUUAUGGCGUUUGAUGAAGAUAUGAAAAUGUCGUCUUUCCUUAGAGAAGAAGAGCACCACUCGCUAUCGAGGCUCUCCGUUUGUUAUAACCACGACGGUGAUGAAGCCGACGUAGAGCCGUCCGACUCCGACGAAAAACUUGUCGGCGGAGGAGAGAAAGCCAUGGAGCAGCAGCUAGAGUUUUCAGAUUCCGACAAAGGGUCAACGGGUUGUCAGUCACUUCCGGCGACGCCACCAAGAUGGAGAAGGCGGCGAGGUUCGACGCUGAGCUCGCCGGUGUCCGGAGAUAAAGCUUACGCGAGCGAGAACGAAGCGGGAAAGAAAAAACAAGAGAGUAACAACAAUCCUAGGAGGAGGAGGAAGUUGCGACCGGAGUAUCCGCCGUGGGUGGACAGUAUGCGGAGGAGCUAUGCUGAAGAACAGAGCGGUUACGGUGGAGGAGUGGUGGUGGUGACGAAGCCUAAAGGAGGAGGAAGGCCAUUGUGUAUGGAUUUAGGGGAAGUCGAAGCUUGUAAGGAUUUAGGAUUUGAGCUCGAACCGGGUCGGGUCUCUUAUUCCGGGUCAACGAUGGGUACUAGUAGUGGCGGCAAUUCUCCCGUCUCCCCCAACCACCGUAUCUCUAGUCCCGGGGAUGAUCCAAACAAAGUGAAAGCUAGGCUGAAGGCAUGGGCGCACGCUGUGGCUUUUGUGUCUACCACUCAUCGUCAACGUCCUUCCUAAUUCUUUUUGAUCGUUAACACAAUCUUAUAUCGAUUUUUUCACAUAAAAAAAAAGAAACACAAAGUUGCAUGCAUUUUCGAGUUGCGUUUUGAAACUUUUUGUUUGCGUUUUUGUUUUUUUCUGUCACUUUACGGAUUGAUUUUUCUCUUUGUGCCGACGAUGGAAUUUGUUGAUUGAUAUGGCCAUAAGCCAAAAGUAUAGAAAAAGAUACAAGUACAACUACUAAACUUUGUUGAUUGAUUUUUCCAGCAUAUUGUAAUAUUACAACAUUAGUGAAAAUAUUACCAAUUUAUUCUAAAAA